AUGGCUCAUCAAUUCACUGAGCUGGCAUCCCCGCCCUCCGAUGCUAUCUCAGCACUGAAGUUCUCCCCCGAGCCCAACUCCACGCGGAUCGUCGUAUCGUCUUGGGACAAGAAUGUGUACCUUUAUGAAUUGCAGGAUGAGAACGGAAAAAUUGGUGAAGGCAAGCUGCUUCAAAAGUUCGAGCACCGUGCCCCUGUCCUGGAUGUCUGCUUCGGCGAAAAUGAGAACGUGAUCUACACAGCUGGACUGGAUUGGGACGUACGAAAGAUUGAUCUGUAUACCUCCGAACAGACCGUGCUUAGCAGCCACGAAGCCGGUGUCCGCCAUGUUAUUUACAGCCGUGAGCACAAUAUCGUCAUCUCCGCCUCAUGGGACUCAACACUGCACGUUCACAUGCUAGAUGCCGGUGCAAACCCCGACUCCCUGCCCAUCAUAGUACCUCUCCCCUCGAAACCAUUCUCCAUGUCUGCUACCGCCACCAAGUUGGUGGUCGCAAUGGCGUCUCGCGCACUGCACAUCUACGACCUCAAGGCCCUCGCCCUUCUCACUGCACAAUCAGACGGCACAGCCCCAGACGGCAACCGCGUCGAAGUUGAGCCCUGGCAGCGCCGUGAGAGUAGUCUGAAGUUCAUGACUCGCUGCGUGGCCUGCAUGCCUGACGACGCUGGGUAUGCCACCUCCAGCAUUGAGGGUCGUAUCGCUGUCGAGUGGUUCGACCCGUCGCCUGAGUCGCAGGAACGCAAGUAUGCCUUCAAAUGUCACCGUCAGACUGGCGAAGACGGCGUCGACGUCGUCUACCCGGUCAACGCAUUGACUUUCCACCCUAUCUUCGGCACUUUUGCGUCCGGAGGUGGUGAUGGCGUUGUUUCCAUGUGGGAUGGAAUCCACAAGCGCCGUUUCCGUCAGUACCCGAACUAUCACAAUAGUAUUUCAGCCCUUGCCUUCAGUGCCGACGGUAGCCAUAUGGCAGUGGCAGUCAGCCCUGGGUUUGAAGACGGCCAUGACGAGGUCCCCGAAGGGACCGUCAAGAUUUUUGUACGGAAAUUGGGCGAGACCGAGGCCAAGGGCAAGGCUGCCAAGUAG